AACGCGGUUGCAAACGUGAUCCGAUCGUCAAGGACGAUAAUGUACAAAAUCGCCAAGGCUGCGUUUCGAAACAGAAAAUCAAACGACGCUUCGCUGCUGUACUCUCUCCAGGCUCGCUCAAUCUCCAGACAAAGAAAGCUGGUAAAGCCUCAUGAGAGAAUGGUUGGGAAAGAUGUAACUCGUGUCCUAUUUUGCGGUCCUCACUUCCCUGAUUCCAACAAUUUCACCAGAGAUUACGUGCAACCUUACCCUUUCAUUCAGGUUGAUGUUGUCCCUCUCGGUGAUGUUCCUGAGGUUAUAAAGAACUACCAUAUAUGUGUGGUUAAGUCGAUGCAAUUGGAUUCAAAUGUUAUAUCUCGUGCCACCAAAAUGAAGAUUAUUAUGCAGUACGGUGUUGGUCUCGAAGGUGUUGACAUUGACGCUGCUACUAAAAAUGGGAUUAAAGUCGCUAGAAUUCCCAGUGAGGGUACUGGAAACGCAGCAUCUUGCUCCGAAAUGGCUAUAUAUCUAAUGCUGGGCCUUCUUAAGAAACAGAACGAAAUGCAGAUUUCCGUGCAAAGCAGACUACUGGGACAACCAACCGGUGACACGCUUCUUGGUAAAACUGUAUUUAUCUUGGGAUAUGGUAACAUUGGAAUAGAGCUGGCCAAACGGUUAAGGCCAUUUGGUUCGAGAGUAAUAGCCACAAAAAGAAGGUGGCCUGAUUCCAACAUCGACUCAGACUCCAGUCUAGUUGAUGAGAAAGGUAGCCAUGAAGACAUUUACACAUUUGCGGGCAAAGCCGACAUUGUCGUCGUUUGUUUGAGGCUCAACAAAGAAACGGCAGAAGUUGUGGACAAGAAGUUCAUAAGUUCAAUGAAUAAGGGUGCUCUUCUUGUGAAUAUUGCCAGAGGCGGUCUAAUUAACUAUGAAUCAGCUUACCAGAAUCUGGAGUCCGGUCAUUUAGGAGGCAUCGGGAUCGACGUGGCAUGGUCUGAACCGUUUGAUCCAAACGAUCCAAUUUUGAAGUUCAAGAACGUUAUAAUAACUCCUCACGUCGCAGGAGUUACCGAAUAUUCAUAUAGGUCCAUGGCCAAGGUCGUUGGAGACGUCGCACUACAGUUGCAUGAAGGACUUCCUCUCACCGGAAUCGAAUUCGUCAAUUGAUGUGAUUGCAUUUUAGUGUAAUCUCGUGACAAGAACCAUUAUUACGUUAUACUGUGAAUUUAUUCAGUAUCUAUUAUGCUAACUGAGAAAUUAAUACAAGUCUCUCUUUGAUAA